AUACAUGACAUGAAUGUUGGUUAUCCUACACUUUAUUACAAUGAAGCUAUUGAAUAUUGUUGUAGAAGGUCCCUGGGCUCUCGUCUCACAGCUGGCGGCACAUUGAGACCAAUGAUUUUCGUCCAGCUCGGAGACCGUCCCGUUAUGGUAAAAUUAAGGUUGUUUAAGGUUGCAGCUUGUUGAUCAUCACUACGGACAGAGAGGUGUCGUUUGUGUUUUAACUCCGUUUCGCGAAAGAGUUAUUGAGACGGGAAGUCCGAAUCUGUGAAUAUUUUUCCAACUUUACGGAACUGGAAAAGUAUGGCGCUCUUCGGUGUUUUGUGGUUCAUCUUCACCGUUUUUAGUUUCGUUCAUUUAACACCGGUCAUUUUACCCGAAGAGAAGGAAGGAAGGAAGGAAGGAAUGAAGGAUAGGGUUUUGAACGCAGCUGGCUCCUCUCCAAUCAGCGCCAGCUGUACAAGGCACCUGUUGUCAUUGCCUCACUCCCCUUUGGCCCCUGUCCUCGUCCUGUGGUGGCUCUUGGCCUGCUGUUUUGCUGCCCCUAUUUUGCCUGUUUUGCUGCCUCCAUUAUGCUUGUUUUUACUUCUGUUUGGCAUGGUUUGGCCGUUUAAUACACUUCUGGUUCGUUUUACUAAACACGUCUAUGGCCAAAUAUCAGUAAUGAAUCUGUGUCCUUAACACUUCUCAAACUAUAUAUUGGGGUUGUUAAACUUAUAUUUCUUGGAGUGUAAGUCCCCAGGUGGCGUUGUUGGUUCCCUUUCAUUUCCCCUCCCUUAAGGCCUCGUCACACUUACAGUGAACUAAUAUCUUGUUGAAACUAAUUUGAUGGCAGAAAAUUAAAUGAGUGUGAACGGACAGAAUAUGAAUGGUUAGGCUACAAAAAAAUAUAGUUAUUCUGUCAUGAACAAUGGUGGAAUACGUAUUCAGCAGCUCCUUGAGACAUGAUCCUUACACAGAAUACUUUACUUUAUUCUACUGUUAUUUAUAUAUAUAUAUAUGUGUGUUAUUACUAACACCUAUUCAUUUUGUUCUUCCUUGUGUACAUAACAGUAUUGUUUAGCAUUUACCUCUAUUUGUCCAGCGUUAUUGUUCUUGCUGUUGUGUUUUUUUAUUUAUAUGUAAAUACAUCAAGAUAGAUGCAAAGCAACCAGUGUCAAAUUCCUUGUUUAGCCACACAGAUCUUUGCAAAUAAAUCUCAUACUGAUUCAAUUCUGCAACAUAAAAACAUCCCAUUAGGCUACAAGUAAACAUCCUUUAGCCUAUUAGAAAUGUCACUUACAUGCUUUAAUAUAGUGUAUUAUUAGAUUAUUAUCAAGCUAUUGAUGAGUAAGUGUUAUUUUACUUUUGUAUGUGAAACUAAUUUGAACUAUUUGAUAUAGCCUACUGUUUGUACUGUGCAUUAUAUUAUAUUAACUCAUCAAAUGUAUUGCAUGUCAAUUCUUAAUCUCUACAAUAACUGCAGUUGACAGAUAAAUGCAGUAAAGUGAAAACUACAAAUUCCUCCUGAAAAGUAGUUUAGUUGGGCUAGUAAUACCAUGAAGUAAAGCAAUAAAACCUAACAUAUGUGAGUGAAAGUACUACAUUGCCCUCACUAAUGACUUGAAAUGUUGAUUAUUAGGCUGUGUUAUUAACAGAAGGCUUCAUUUUGUGUCCUAUCAGAGGAAUAUCAAUUCAAACAGUGGAUGUCACAGUUCAACAACAUUUAUGACACCGAGGAGUAUUACCACCGGCUUCGCAUAUUCACUGAGAAUAAGAGGGAAAUUGAUCACCAUAAUGCUUGGAAACACUCGUUCACAAUGGGCUUGAAUCAGUUCUCAGCCAUGACAUUUGAGGAAUUCAGGAAAUCAUUUCUUUUGACAGAGCCUCAGAACUGCUCAGCUACUAAAGGGGGUCAUGUCAGCAGGGCGGGUCCUUAUCCUGAGUUCGUAGACUGGAGGAUGAAAGGCAACGUUGUGACUCCCGUGAAGAACCAGGGUUACUGUGGAAGCUGUUGGACCUUCUCCACUACUGGCUGUUUGGAGUCAGUGAAUGCUAUCGCUACCGGGAAGCUAAUAUCUCUGUCUGAGCAGCAGCUGAUAGAUUGUGCCCAAGACUUCAACAAUCAUGGAUGCAUGGGGGGCCUCCCCAGCCAGGCAUUCGAGUACAUCAAAUACAACAACGGCCUUAUGACAGAGGAGGACUAUCCCUACAAAGGACAUGAUGACUCUUGUCAUUUUGAGCCUGCCUUUGCAGCUGCUUUUGUCCUGGAUUCUGUCAACAUAACGAGUUAUGAUGAAAAGGCCAUGGUUGAUGCUGUGGCCCGGCUCAACCCGGUGUCCUUUGCCUUUGAAGUCACAGCUGACUUCAUGCACUACAAAGAAGGUGUUUACACCAGCACACAGUGUAAGAACACAACAGACAUGGUGAAUCAUGCGGUCCUGGCUGUGGGUUACGGUGCUGAAGAGAGCGGCACACCGUAUUGGAUUGUGAAGAACUCUUGGGGCACCGACUGGGGAAUGGACGGAUAUUUUUUGAUCGAGCGAGGAAACAACAUAUGCGGACUGGCUGCAUGCGUUUCCUACCCUCUCCCUUUAGUUUGAGGAUUAACAACAUACAUGGAGGGAACAUAAUGGAAAGUCAGUGCUUUCAUGCUCCCUGAAGUGUUUUAUGGAGAAGUUUGAUUUCUCAACAUUAUGUACAUAAACAUUUUUAAACUUUUGUGUCACACUGUCAACUUGCCUGUGUGGUGCAUUUGCUUCUCCUUGUUUUAAGGUUAGAAGUGUUCAUCUAUUAUCUUCGUUCCUUGUGUUUCCUAAUGUGUCAUUAAUGACUACACAAAGAACAUAUAUUUAAUCGUAUAAAGUUUGCCUGUACUGAUGCUUGUACCAUGCAGUACUUUUUAUUAAGUAUCAGCAGUGGGAAUAAUAUCAGGAGAAGUAGCCACUUUACCAACAUUUAAUAUAAUUAAAUGGGUGACAUGCAUGGUUAUACGCUGAGCAACAGACAUCUCGGUAGAUCAAUGAUAUUUUAUGGCAAAUCUUCCAUGGGCUAUUGACUUAAUUUUUUUGUGAAAGGCGGCUUUAUGGCUCUGUAAGUACAAAAUCAUGUGUGUAAAACUCUCGGAAAGUCUUCAAAGACAAGGACAAGCUGCUUGUUUGACCUCCACAGUUCUCUAUCUUCUCUGACCGGAUUAACAAACUUUAAAGAUGGCCAUGCACAAAAGACACAUUGAGGAGUCAGCUCAGAAGUGAAGCAUUUGUCUGUUUCCAUUUCCACAUGUUUUGUUAAUAAACAAUUCUUAUGCUUA